UUGACUUUGUCGCUUAUUAAAUCUGGUAGUCCUGUGUCGCAGCAUGAUAUGCAUGGGUGUACCCCUUUGCAUCUUGCCGCACGACGAGGCCAUCUAGAGAUGGUGAUGGUAUUGGUUCAGCUCGAUGGUGACGUGAACAGUCGUGGAGAACGUCAAUGGACGCCCCUGCACGAAUCCAUCAGUCAAGAUCAUAGGAACAUUUCGUCUCUUCUAAUUGCAUGUGGAGCAGACUUGAAUGCUAAAAACGACGCAGGGGAGACCCCU